AUGGAUCCAAGACGGUCGCCAGCUCUCUACAACCACAACCGCCAUCACCGUCCGCAUUUUCCCCUGCCGCCCUCGAACUCGGCAUCGACUUCGUCAUCAGCAGCACCACCGCCAGCCUCGCAUCGCAUCGCCAGCCCUGCUUAUGCCCACCAGCGCCGCACCUCGGACGCGCCCUACCGCCCUUCGCACGUCCGCGACUAUCCCGAGCCCAGCCAUUCGCGUGCCCAGAGCGCCUCGUCGCUGCCCACCGCUCGCGAGCUGAGUCGCAACAUGCCGCCGCCCACAUCGCCUCCCCAGCAGCCGGGGCAGCAGCAGCAGCAUCAGCAGCAUCCCAUGUCGCAGCAUCACCAACAGCCUCACCCGCCGCCGCCUCAUGCCAUGACUUACGGGCCACCGCCACCGCGGCCUCCCCCCGUGGCCGUCGGACCACCCAGCGCCUUUCCUUCAGGUCGUGAACUGCCUGCUCUGAGCUCCAUCGCGCGCGCUGGCUCAGCGUCUGGCGGCAGCUCCAUGUCCAUCUCGUCCAUGCUCGGCGGCCCGCCACCAGCCUCGCGAGAUGCUCAACCUCCCUCGACUGCGCAGCAAUACUCAUCGCACUCAGCCCCGACAUCCGCCUCGACCUCUGGCCCUGGCUUUGCGGCAUCUAUCCAAGCUUCGCCUCGAAUGCACUCUGCGUCAUCCGAGUACCCUCCGUUUCGACGACCUCAAACCCCCGAGCUUCAACGACCGUACGACCCUCGAGCUGGCACCGCGCCCUCUCCUCGAGGCCCCUACGCCACGACCCCCGACAUACAACGAUACGGCACGCCGCAGCAGCAGCAGCCUCCCUAUCAUUCGCGACACCCCUCGAGCUCGACCGACCCUUCGCGAGACGCACCAAGGCUGUCUACAGCACCACCGCCUCCUGGUCAAAAUAAUGCUCAGUCGAGGCCAUACGGUGGCAUGGCGCCCCGGCCGAUGGAAGUCGGGAGGGUGCCGGGCCCGGAGGAUGCUUACGGUCGUCGGGAGGAAGUCACGCGAUCAGCAGCGGGUCUGGAUUACGGUGAGAGGGCUGGCUUGAGGCCUUAUCCGUACGAUGAUCGCUACAGAGCAGAAAGGGAAAGGCAAAACGCAAUCGAGCAGCAGCAGCAGCAGCAGCAGCAACAACAACAACAUCAGCAGCAGCAGCAGCGAGAACGAGAAGGGAGGGAGCGAGCAUAUUCUGGUGGCGACCCGAACCGACAUCCGCUGCCCCCGCAUGACCAGGCGCAUCGCGAACCCCCGGUACAUCAAUCUGCCCCCUACGGCGCACCCCCUGCCGAGCUCCUCGACCGGCGCGAUCCUCGAGACCCUCGCUGGGGACGGCCGGAAACCGAGGCGAGCUACAGGCCCGCGCCCAUGGACCACCAGCGGCCACACCCAGACUAUCCUCCUGCCUCUGGGCCCUAUGCGCCUCAUAGCUCUUCAGCGUAUCCAACAGCGCCUCCUGAGAGAUUCCCUGCAACCUCCCAUCCAGCGUAUCCUCAGAGCGCAACUGGCGCUGCUGGCCCACCUCAGCCUCACGAGUCUCCAGACAGAGCCCGAAUGGAGCUUCACCACGCCCAGCAGCAACAGCAGCAACAGCAGCAACAGCAGCAACAGCAGCAACAGCAGCAGCAACAGCAGCAACAGCAGCAGCAACAGCAGCAACAGCAGCAACAGCAGCAGCAGCCCAGACCUCGACCUCUUGAUGAUGUGCCUCUGCCUCAUUCGUCGGCGCCUUUUGGCGGUGCUGUCGGACACCAUCAGUUUGACCCGGCGCGAAACAGAAAUGUCGACGACCCAUCUGGACCUGGCAUUCACCAGCGCAACCUGCUUGCCAUCCAGGAGAUUAACCGCAAAGGGCGCGUAUCCCCGCUCCCACAGGCCGUCCAGGGUGCGCAGCCUCAGCAGCCUGGCCCCGCUGCAGAACCAGGCAUUAAGAGCGAGUUUGGUCGCAUGUUUGCGGGCAUUGGCAGCGGCGUGAGCUUGGGCGGCCUGUCCAGCCCCGUCACCUCGGCCCCGGUGCCGUACGUCAACGCCGCGCUGGCCAAACGAGACGAGAUGGACAACCAAGGUCCGGAUGCUGGACCAGACGGUGCGACCAAGGGCGCAAGAGGCAGAAGACGAAAGCAUAAUACAGACGAGAGCCGUGAUGAUGAUAGUUCAGGUAGAUUGACGCCGGUAGGACGUGGCACAAAGCGUGCGAGGGGCCAUGGCCACCACCACCAUCAUCACCAUCAUCACCAUCACCACCACGCACCAGAAGGCACCGCGUCUCCAACAGUUGCAGUAACCACGUUCAAGAAUUUCAAAGGUGCUACACCGAUGGAAUCACCGACCGAAAAGAUGCCGAACGCUGCGCAUCAUCACCAUCACCACCACCAUGCGCCGCGACCCGCCCAACCGACCCAAGCCCCGAAAUCUGCCCAGAGUCCCCCGACCGCGAUCCCACCCAAGCCGCGAACCAUUGUAUCCUCCAAGGCCGUCUUGGAGCAAGUUGCUGGCCAUCCCCGCCACCACUUGGGCGACUUCAUCUACCAACCAGACCUGAAGGCGGGAAGGCUACUCCCUAAUACCCCCACACACCGCGGCUUCUCGUCAAAUCCGAAGCCGCUGCCACUCGAGUUGAUCAAGGGCAAAGAAAAUUGCACUCUGACUGUCAAAGUGUCGCGCGUUCACCUAUCUUCGGUGGCUCGGGAGGAGAUUACCGCCAGGGCAUUCCUUUGGGGUACAGAUGUCUACACUGACGACUCGGACGUGGUUGCGGCAUGCAUUCACGGGGGAUGGAUUAAGGGCGAAUGGACCGAGGAUGUUGAUACAUCUCUGCUGGAUCUGGAGCAAGGUCUCAAUGGCGAAACGAAGCGGCGAAAGGUUAAGAACCAGGAAAACGAGCCCGCCAAUGCCACCUCUGAAGGACUCAUCACCGCCCCUCCCGUCGCAGGCCCAAUGCCCAUCCCCGCAGAGCGCGACCUACACGUGAAUGUUUUGAUACUGCCUCGACUCGUUAAAUACGCCCCAUCCACGCGAUACGGAAUUACUAGCCGCGAGUUUGGAGGAGAAUACGGAUCACGGCACGCCGUCCACGAUGGCCUGAGCUACAUGGUCAAGAGCAUCCGCUGGGUGCAAAAUGGUGCCCAGCCACAGGCCAGACUUCGCGGAAAGGGUCGACGAGAGCGCAUGAGGGAGCAGGCAGCCAACUAUGUGAUGAUUACAGGGCUGGGAAAGGCUGAUAUUUUGGAAGGCAAGCCUAGUCUUGGCAGCGAGAUCUCCGGCAACUGGGGGAAGAGAAAGAAUGCGGAUGAAGUUCCCGAGGCUAAGCGCCGACACAGUGAAGGAGACAAGGAGAAUCAGCCCGACGAAAAGAUGAGCGACACCCACUCUCAAGGGCACGACCAGGAUAAGGAUGUUGAAAUGCGAGAUAUGGGAAAUGAAGAAAAGGUGGUAACGGCUGAGGAAAAGUAA